GGGAGUCAGCGAGGGUUGUCUCGCCAGGGUGAUCGACAUGGGGAGGUCACAGCGCCGUCAGCAUGAGGCUGCCGCGGACCAUGUGCAGGACACAUUCAGGGCCCGCUCCCCUGUCUAUCGGUACCUGGUUGUCGGCCAGAAGGUCGACAACAAGGGGGUCAUGAUGCUCCGUUGCACGUUUUGCAACAAAGUUUUCCAAGGGACCCAGUUUCAGGCCACGAGGCACUUCUUGCAGACAAACUACUGCAAGGACGUCAGCGACGAGGCGUUGUACGAUAUUGCCCGACGGACUCAGCAGAAGUUUGAGGCCGAUCAGAUGGAGAGGGUGUCGAGGUAUGCAGCGGAGCUCGGACUCGAUGUGCCCGGCACGGGUGGUGCAAGGGGAGGAAAGGCGGGGCGGCGUCCGGCGGAGGGAGGGGUCGGGGGAGAUGGUGGGCAUGGUGCGGCAGACCCCACUUUGGGUGCUGGAGGCGGUGAGACAGAGGAGGGCGUGAUCCACGUGGAUUGCGAGGCGCAUGGCCCGGGUGACAAGGGAGUCCCGGAACGGGAGGACGUGCCUGAGGUUUAUCCAGGCACUGGGGAGAGGUUGGAGGACUGGCGGAGGCGAGAAGGCAAGGGAGCUGCAACGGAGGGGUCUUCCAAGAGGAAGGAAGGAGGGAGUGAUCCGGCUGCCACCCCAGCAGGGAAGAGGCUUCGGCAGCAGAAGGUGACUGAUGUCUACGGUGGCGAGUGGGUUGCCCGCCACAAGAAGGCAUUCCUUCACUGGUUGUAUUCCAGCGGGGUCUCCUUCAAUGCCUUCCACAACCAGGCGUGGAAGGCAUAUCAGCAGGUGCUUCUUGAGCAGCCUGGCAGUUCCCCGCACGCAGUGCUCCCCAACCACUGCGAGAUUGCGAGUAUGUGGGCGGUGGAGACCCACCGUGCGGAGUUGGCGGAGGAGUUGGAGGAGGAGGAGGGGGGACCUUUGGCAGCAGCAGUGGAGAGUUCGAUGGCACCAGCGGCUGUGUCGGACGCGAUGAUCGCAGCCGCGGUGGAGGAGAUAGCAGCAGCAGCAGCAGCAUCAGAGCUAGAGGAGAUGGCAGCAUCAGUUCUGGCGGAGGAUCCACCAGCGGCAGGAGGAGGUGCAGCAGUGGAGGGGCAGGAGGCAGCAGCAGGAGGAGCAGGUGGAGGAGCAGCAGCAGUGGAGGUUGAGGUGGCAACAACACUGGAGGAGGAGGACGCACCAUUCGGAGUUGGGGACCCACUUAGACUUGGAUUUGUCGGUGGGCCUUCCACCCAGUUGCGGCGGGGCGACAUCGACGGAUCGGGCUCCAUCGAGGGACGAGGCGCCAGGCAGGACUUGACGCAGACCACCAGAGAGAGGACGACGACUCAGUCUCCAGAUGCAGCACACGACAUCAUGGAGUGGGAGAGGGCUAGACUUUUGGCAUCGACUGGUCCUCGUGCUCAGGCGUUCGCACGGGCCGUAGAGGACGCCAGGCGUCUAGAGAUAGGGGGGGAUUGUGUGCAGGGUGGGGUGGUGGCGGGGGAGGACGUUGUGGAGGGAGUGGCAGCAGAGUCGGUACCCGAGGCUAUGCCGGAUGGAGCAGAGACAGCGGACGUUGCUGUGGAGGGACGGACUCUGGCGGUAGAUGAGGCAGUGCAGGCAGGACAGCGACGAGUCGAGGGGGCUAUAAACUCACGAUGCGAGGGGCAGGAGACAGCGACGGGUCCUGUCGUUCCGUUCUCGGGCCUGCACUUGGCUCAGGCCCGACAGCCGCAGGCGGUUCAGAUGGCAGUGCAUGGUGUGCCACCGCCCGUUAUCACAGAUUUGGGGUCCGAGCUGGGGGUUGUGCCCCCACGUCUUCCUAGCCACUUUGCUCCGCAGGAGGUCCGUCGUCCUUUGGAUGCAGAGGAGUUGGCGAGAGAGGCUGUGCGCGAUGUUACUCGCUUGGACCGGCGGAUCUUCGACCGGAAGCUCGAGCACCCACCGUGGCAGUCGAUCCCUUCGGUUCCAUGGGGUCCUGCGUCGCCCGUGUGGUCUGGGUCUACCUCCACUGGAGGACAUACCGCGGGACAUGGUCCAGGGGUCUCGGGUGGUGUGACGGAGACAGCGCCACGCACAGGAGACAUGCCACCCCCUCCUUCCAAAGCACCUGCAGGUGAUCCAUCAUCGUCACCCACAAGCAGAGGCUCUCGAUCCCCACACACGCCUGGGAGAUCUAGGAUUCGUGACACGACAGCAGUUCAGCAGGACGUGUGUGACAUGACGAUAUUCGGGAGGACAAAUAUACAUUUGGAUUCCACCCGUCGUGUCACGGAGCACACUGCAUGCCUUCAGCCGGGCUUGGGAGGAGGAGGCACUAGGACGACCACGGCGAGGGAGGUACCGACAUCGGGUUGUGAGCCUCAGCGAAGUCGUGGCAGAGGAGUGUCGACCGAUACCUUGGAGUACGCUCUGAGAGCAGCGACGCGUGCCGUGCAGGAGCAGACUCCACGCAAGCGUGGAGUACCUCCUCGUCCACGCCCCGUGCCUGCAGAGGGAGGCGCAACACUUGGAGAGAGUUCGGGGGCGGAGGGGUUGGGGAUGCCUCGUGGUUCCUGCCGUGAGAAGACCAUUGCAGAGGCUAGUGCGAGGGUUGUUGUGUUGAGGAAGGGAGGAGGCCCAAUCACCAUCGAGUAGGAUGAUCCGGAUACAGAUGCGGCUGUGCGGGAUGCGGACGAGGACUACGAGGGCGAGGAGGAGGGAGAGGAGGAUAGCAGGAGCGGUUCCGAUGGUGAUGACGACGACGACUACGAUGAGCCCCCACCUU